AAUCCUCCCCGCUUCCCAUUUUGGGCGGGGUGACACCAAUUGCAACAUCGCCCCCGCCUCUGCUGAUAACUGCCAAGCUCCGGCCUUUGCUGCGUCAGAGACCCCCGGCUCUCACCACCGUCCGGCUGCGUCCCCGGCACCAUGAAGACACCUCUCCUCUUCUGCCUCCUCUCGGCCCUGCUGGAGACAGGGACCUGUGUUUCAUGCGAGGUUUGCAUCAGCGCAUGUCACAGCUGUACGGGCAGAGUCGAAGUCUGCAGUGAAGAUACGAAUUCCUGUGGGAUCAUUAAAACAGAAACCGUGGUAGGCGAGAUGAAGACUCCGACCUUUAUGAAGACCUGUGUGUCCUCCAGCCAGUGCGGCGUCGAUCCUGUUUUAAUGACUUUGGGGAACGGGAUAUCCACGAGCACGAGCACCGCCUGCUGUAUGGGGCAGGCCUGUGAUACAGCCUCCUUUCCCGUGUCCCCGGCUAACACCACCCUGAACGGCCUCCGCUGCCCAGCCUGCUACUCUCUGUUUUCCCAUCACUGCAGUGAAGAGAUCAUCGACUGCCCAGGAGCCCAGACCCACUGCAUCCACGUCAGCGGCACCAUGAAAAGCGGUGGGACAACCAUACACACCACCAUGAAAGGCUGCGCCACCGAGUCUGCCUGCACCUAUGGCCAACCGUACAAACCCUUCCGGGGGUUCAGUAUGAAUUUCACCACGGCCGAAUGCAGACCAGCCUCCCGUGUGGCUCCGUAACCACCCGGACUCGUCUCUCCCAGCCCUCAUUACCGUCCUGCUGGCGAAGGUCCUCUCCUGAUCCACACACCGCAGGGGGUGGGCGGGUGCCCCCCUGCCAAGGGCUCUCACGCCCCGCUCGGAUUCACUUCCCCUUUCGUGGGAUUAACGGAAUAAAACAGACAGGAGAAAAUGGUCGUGUGUGGGUGUGUGUUUGUCUGUAAUCAUGUUGUUGGACUCUGUGUGUGUGCGUAUAGUCCUAAAUCCUGGAUUGUGUGUGUAAUCGGGAGUCUUGGAUCAUGUGUCUGUGUGUGAGAUCGUGAGUCU